GAUGCAGCGCUCGGUGUGGGUCUCGGUCCGGGCUCUCCUGGCUCGGUCUGUGGAGGAGUUCCCGGUGGAGCUCGGGCCGGAGGUGGAUGGCAGCGCGGCCUGGUGUGUGCGGGAAGCCGCGGCCUGUGUGUACAGAGGGGAGGCCGGGCGGUGCGGCCAGCUCGGGGAGCAGCUCAUGGACUAUGGCUGGGAGAGGCUGAACGGCCGCGGCUGGCGGGAGGUGUCCCGGGACUGGAGGCGGCUCUACUCCUACGGCUGCCUGUACAGAGCGCUGGGACUGUGCGGGACCGGGGGCAGCAUGGAGGAGGCUCUCAGAGUGUGUGACCUGGGGCUGCUCCUGGGGGCCCACAUCAUGGACAACGUGCUGGGCCGGCUCAUCAGCACCCUGCAACAACACGCACACAGAACCGGGACCGGCCCACUGACUGCCGGGGGGCUCAGUGACUGGUCAGAACCAAGGCUGGACUCACUGAUUGACAGUAAUGGGUCAGAACCAAGGCUGGACCCACUGACUGCCGGGGUGCCCAGUAAUGGGUCAGAACCAAGGCUGGGCCCACUGACUGACAGGGAGCCCAGUAAUGGGUCAGAACCAAGGCUGGACCCACUGUCUGCCAGGGAGUUCAGUGGCAGGUCAGACCAGAACUGCGAGCCAGAAUCAAGGAUGGACCCACUGUUUGUAAUUAACAAGAAUGAGACCCUGACAGAGGGAUCUAUGAGCUCAGAUCUGCACCAUAAGGGAAAGAAGAGACUAAUGGAUGACAAAUGUGAACUGGAACCAGGGAAUUGCAAGGUCCGAGAGACUAUGCCUCGCCCUCUCACACCUGUUCUGGAGUUACGAAGUACAAUCCCGAAGCUCCUCUGUCCAUCUUUGGAGCAUUUCAAAGCAAAUUACUUGGUUACACAGCAGCCGGUUAUUCUAGAGGGCAUCAUUGACCAUUGGCCAUGUAUGAAAAAAUGGAGUGUGGAUUACAUUCAGAGAGUUGCAGGAUGUCGAACUGUUCCAGUGGAGUUGGGAUCCAGAUACACAGAUGUAGAUUGGUCACAGAAAUUAAUGACUAUAAAUGAGUUUAUCAGCAAAUACAUAUUAAAUCAGCAAGGCGGCACAGGAUAUCUCGCUCAGCAUCAACUAUUUGACCAGAUCCAUGAACUGAAAGAAGACAUAAGCAUUCCAGAUUAUUGCUGCCUGGGUGAUGGGGAUGAAGAUGACAUUACCAUCAAUGCUUGGUUUGGUCCAGCAGGAACAGUGUCCCCGCUUCAUCAAGACCCCCAACAGAACUUCUUAGCACAGAUUGUGGGAAGGAAGUAUAUCCGACUCUAUUCAGUGAAUGAAACCGAAAACUUAUAUCCAUUUGAAAGUUCACUUCUUCACAACACCAGUCAGGUGGAUAUUGAAAAUCCCGACCUGGACAAGUUCCCUAAAUUUCCUCAAUCCAAGUAUCAUGACUGCAUUCUAUCACCGGGUCAGCUCCUCUUCAUCCCAGUGCAAUGGUGGCACUAUGUCAGAGCACUGGACAUUAGUUUUUCCGUCAGUUACUGGUGGUCCUGAUUUUUUUUUUUAUAUAUAUUUUUUUAUUUAUACGAGCGCUGUAGAACUUUCGAAUGGACAAAAUACAAAACUUGUAUCUUCCAUGACCUGUAUGUAAUAUGUAUAUUAAAAACUUUAAAUCUUUUGCAAAGACACUAAAAAACAAAUUACCACUGCCAAACAGGACGGGUUUAAAGAAGCUUACAUUUCAUGAACAAUGUUCAAACACUUUUGGGUGCUAGUUUAUAACUGGGGCUUCAGUUUUUUUUUU